AUGUAUACACCAAUAGAAUAUAUUUUCACAUUAAUUUCAAUUUUAAAUUUGAUCACUGCAUUUAUUAUCUAUAUUAUAAACAAAAGACAGGGUAUAUCAAUAAAUAGUGGUAAAAAUUUUAAAAGUUUUAGAAUUUGUAUCACAAUGUCUUUAAUGUUUGGAAUGUUUUCAAUGUUAUUAUUAUUUAAAAAUUUAGAAAUUGGUGCAGGUAUUGGUGAUAAUGGUAAUAAAAUUGAUUAUUCCAGUUUCAAGAAUAAUACUACUAUUACAACAUCAAAUAUGUAA